CCCAGUCCAUCAUUAAGUACGGGGUCAGCCCUGGACUACGGAGGAUCUAUUUUUGGAACACCGAGCCCCAGUGGGGAGUCCAUUCUGAGCGGCGGCAGCACCGAUUCAUCGCGGGUUGAAUUGCGGGACGCAUUAUGGGACGACGAGUCUCUGACUGGCUCUCUGACUAGCUCUCUGGGUGAUCCAUACAACUUCAAAGAAGAAACCACAGCUACACCAGCCCCGUCUCUGGAAGAUCUCACCCAACUGGAGAGCAUGCGCAUCCCCGAUGCCGUGACGUUCGCGGGCAAGUCCGUCGCACCGAGUGGGGGUGAGGCGCACCAGAGCCCACCCACUCCACCGACCCAUAAACCCACCCGCACCCCUAAUCAUUCCCCUACCCACACGCCUACCCACACGCCUACCCACAUCCAUACGCCCAAGGGUGUGCAUCCCCACGUGAGUUCUGUUAAGUGCUUCAAUGCGCAUGCUCUGAUCUCUCCUGGGCCGUCGCCGUCCAUGUCGCCGGUACUCGGCGGAACGAUACCCGAUAUCUCACUGCCUAGCAAGCACUACAAACGGCGGGUUGUAGCACCGCCCAAGGUUAUCUCCAGGGGUUGCAUGGGUGUGGUGGUGGGUGAUCCGUACUAUAUAAUGUCGGCCCGGUCGAAGCGAAAGGACAUGGACACGUCUGUACAGGGGAGCUCCGCGCAGAAGGCACAGCACAGCCAUAAUGGCGGUGUGGGUGUGGUUCCGGCGGGUGGUCCGUUGUCUGGGGGUGGACAAAUAUCCAGGAAAUCGGCCGAGGAAAUUGGGAGUGUGGGUGGCCUUGGCAGGGGCGAGGAGUCUCGCACCCUGAGCAAGUCGCUCGAAGACAGCAGCAGUAUACACCACAUACCCCCAGCCACGCAAAGAGACCUGGCCAGCCCCAGAACCCCGUCCAGCACAAACAUACCAAUCCCCGGGGAUGCCAACGAACCUAGCCUCCCGGACCCGGAAACCGGGAGAGUGGGGUCUAUGUCGCCAGAUAUUGGCAAUGACUCGGGAAGUAGUAAGGUGGUUACAGUCAAGCUGGGUGGCCCGUCCUCAAAGCUCUUGCCAACGCAUGGCAUAUUUCAGACACUUAACACACCGCCGGCUCCAUCUACGGAGAGGUAUGUGGACGGGGCGAGGGAUGAGACAGAGACGGAGACUGGCGGGGCUACUCAGGGGCAUGCUGGGAAGACUACACACAGACACACUCACGCUCAUGCACACGCGCAUGCACAUGCACAUGCACAGGGUAGUACGGCGGCGAAUAAGGCGGUUUCAGCGAGACCCCCAUCUCCUCUGCAGUCACGGGUGGCACAUUCAGAUAUAGCUGGCGUUGGAAAGGACUCUGGCAGAGAUGGCGCUAAGAGUAUCGACAUCCGUGGUGGUCCCAUGAGCGUAGUAGGGAGUGGCGGUAGCGCUACGCAGUCGGAGGCCAUGCGGCGGACUGUGGAGCACGAUCCCCGGCACGUCUCAAGUCCGAACUUCGGGGAUGUGAAGGGUCUGAAAAUUGGGGACGAGAAUUUGAAAAGUCCCAAAUUGGCACCCAUGUAUUUGGCCCCGGUGUAUCUGACGUCGAGCUCAGCCACUGGCAGUGGCGGUUCACCCCACGCAAAAAAAGCGGGAGAUAAAAAGUGUGCAACGUCGUACCAUAAACCUUCGGUGAUGCUUUCUCCCAGAGCACAGGCGUAUGCGGAUGACCGAACUGAGAGAGAGAAAGAGAAGGAGAAAAAAAUCAAGCAGCGGACAUUAGAAAGAGCCAGAGAAAAACAAGAAAAGCUCAAACACGAUGAAAUGGAGAGAGCGAGAGUCAAGGCGCAAGUGCAAUAUCCGAAGUGUAGUAUGCGCCGCGAGUACACCCCUUUGUCAA